UCUGCUCGCUGAAAACAAAACAACUUAAUGCUAAAUUUAUCUAAUUUAUCUACAUUUUUAGGACUUUUUACCAGCAGAGAUGGAAAGCGACUGCUCGGAUUAACUUUUCCCUUUAACGUAACAUUAAUUGAGUUUAAAUACGAGGCUGUCUUUUGGAUCUUUUAAAUGGUUUCGCUUGCCAUGUGGGAGUAGACGUUUUCCCAUGAGCUGCCAUGCUAGCCACACAGAUGCCAGAUACGCCACAAGAGGCUAAAGAUGUCAAACAGAUCAAAGACAAGUUAGCGCAGUCGCUCAAGGCCCUGCAGAAGCGCUACGUGACGUCGGACGCCGUGGUAACCAGCGAAGAUGGCGACGCUAACCUCCUCUGCUCCGCCCUGGAGGCCAUCUUCAUCCACGGUAUCAAGAGCAAGUUCAUCCGCACUGAGGCCGGCGGUCGGAGCAGGAAAGGAGACAGAGGACCCCUUCCUCAGCCGUUCUUCUGGAACCUCCUCAAGACCGUCACCCACCGCGAUGUGAUCACAGAGCUGGAGAAGAUCAGCUUCGUGGGCACGGACGUGGGUCGCUGCCGUGCGUGGCUGCGUCUGGCCCUCAACCACGGCCUGCUGGAGUGCUACCUGGUCUCGUUGUUUCGGGAGAACUCUAAGCUGCGGGCGCAUUAUCAGCCCAGCGCCUUGCUCCUGAACGCGGAGGAACGAGAGGUUCUGCUCAGCUACCUCCAGGGUCUCGCCUCGCUCACCUUCAGCCUUUCUUACAAGUCCGCCGUCCUCAACGAGUGGACCAACACACCUCUGGCCCUCGCCGGACUCUGCCCCUUGUCCCAGGCAGAUGUGCUCGACUUGCCCCUCAAUGGCGGAGGAGACCACUCCACCUCCAAACCCUCGUACAAAGAAUCAUGGGAUACAGUAUCUCAGUCGUCAAGCUCAUCGGAUGCUCCUGAUAUGCAGAGAGGGUGUCCGGUGCUGACAGGGAGGGGUUCAAGUGCGUUACAAGGGGGUCGGACUGCACUCAAUUCCUCUAACUUGAGCCUGGACACUACAGGCUCCUCUCAGCUCUCCUCCAGUUUGAGCUCCGACAGCCUCCUGCAGGGUCAAGACCCCCGCAGCCCCACGGGGGAGCAGUGGUCUUCAUGUGACCUGGACCUGAAUACGAACACCAAGAGGGCUCAGAAAGAUUCGCUGACUGACUAUCGGGAGAGCGGCCACUGCAGUCAGGACUCCAUGCGUGAAGACUCCUUCGUCUCCAGCACGGGUCCCGAUCAGUUAUCUGACACGGCCGUUUUCAUCGGCUCCGACAGCGAGACCCAGAGUCCCGCCACGCCAUCGCAAGAAUUCUCAGAGCCGCCACGAGAACCUGCGCUGCUUUCUGAUCCGGAGCCACCGCCAACAUCCGCCGACCCACCGCUACCCCACGAGAACCAUAUUAACCAGGCUCCCUCUUUAGACUGCAAUAAUGUCUCGUCGGAGUUUGAUGCACAGUCCGAGCUUGUGGAGCCUGCAGAGAGAGAACAAACAACACGUGCAGAGGACAGUAGUGAGCUCAUUCAGAAGGAGAAGGAGGCAGAGAGUUUGGAGAAGAGCUCCGAGUCUUCAGUACGUCCGGUCACACUUCGCUCCACCAGCAUGCUGAGCAGGAAACUGUCCUCAGAUUCACUAUCACUCCCCCAUUCCUGGAUCUCGGAGGACGACAUCUACAAACCACAUCUGGAGGAGGUGUCCGACCAGGAGGAGUUUCUUCCUUCCGCUCCCACGCCUGAGCCCAAAGUCUCCCAGUCACCUCCCAGCGUCGUCCAUCGCAGACAGACAGGGCAGUUCAACCCGUUUCGAGGCUUGCUGAAGCUCGGCCACCUGGAGCGGCGAGGCGCGAUGGGACUGUGGCGCGACCAUUACUGCGAGCUCUCUCCCUUUGAGUUCCGCCUCUACCUCAACGCGGAGGAGCGGACGUGUUGCGACAACUGCUCCCUGGUGCGAUGCGAGGACGUGCGCAUCACCACGUCCGAAGGCCGCUUCGAGUUGUUCUUCCCCGGGAAGCGACUCUACCUCCGGGCGGCCAAUCAUGACGAAGCGGAGGACUGGGUGGACCGGAUCGUAGAGGCCGUCAACAAGUGCCGGCCGGUGUCUCGCGUGGACGAGCAGUGGGAAGUGCUGCAACCCACCGCAGAGAAUGGAGUGGAUGAUCGUACACUUUCCUCCGCAUCCUCCGCCCCCUCCAGCCCUGAGCGAGGCAUCUUAUCCUCCGACACGGGGACAGGAAGAGGGCAGGAGACGCCGCCUCCUCCACAAGAAUUCAACUGGACUCGGGCGGCUGAUGUAGAAUCAGACGCCAUCAAAGAAGCUGUUUUGUAUUUAUCUACAGACCCUGAAGCUCGGACAUGGGUCCCUCUCGUGUUCUCGCUCUCCUUGGAGGCUCUAAAAGGCUUUCGGGUGCAAGAGGGAAGAAAGCUGCUCCGGCUAACUCACUCCAUAGAGGAGAUCCGCGACGUGGUUCCCGACGUCUCUGUAGGAGGGCCGGCCUUUUUUAAACUCCUCACCGUCAAAGAGACGCUCCGACUGCGGGCGGAGAACGCUGAAGAGGCGCGCUCUUGGAGGAGUCUGAUCCGAGGAGCUCUGGACUCGUAUCUGGACAGCGGAGAGGACGGAGGCUCCGAGGACACGACUGCAUCCUCACGUCUGCAAGGGGUGACGGGAAAUCUCCACAGACUGGUGCAGCACAGACUGAAAGAAGACGGGUCGCUCCUGGUUCACUUGUGCACCGUGCCCUCCGAGAAGGGGCUGGAUACUCAGAACUUCAAGUGUGCAGGCUGUCCUCAGCUGAUCGGACCGUCCCGGAGCAGAGCCAGGCUAUGCGAGUUUUCGGGCCAGCACUACUGCGAGUCCUGUCACCAUGGCGACACUACCAUCAUACCUUCACGCAUGGUGCACAACUGGGACCUCAGACAGCGAGAGGUGUCUAAGAAGGCCCAGUGGCUGCUGGCUCAGGUGGAGCUGGAGCCUUUGUUGAACCUGGAGCAGUUGAACCCUGAGUUGGAGAAGCACUCUGAGUCCAUGUGUCAGGCUCACAGCUUGAGGCAGAGACUACGUCUGCUGGGAGAUUACCUGCUGACCUGCCGCAGCGGAGCCUGCAAGAAACUCCAAGCCAAAAUGAAGCAGCGAACGUACCUGUUGGAGUCGAGCCAUCUUUACAGCGUCAUGGAUUUACGACAAAUAGCAGAGGGCGAAUAUGCAACCUACCUGAACACAUUUCUGCAGUACGCCUCCAACCACGUGUUCCACUGUGAUCUGUGCACGCAGCGCGGCUUCAUCUGCCAAAUAUGCCACACUGAUGACAUCAUCUUCCCUUUCCAGUUCGACAGCACCACCAGGUGUAAAGAUUGUAAAGCCGUGUUUCAUCUGGCCUGCAAAGCUCCGGGAGACUCCUGUCCACGCUGUCUACGAAUGAGGAAAUACCUGGAGAGGGAUCUGCAGGACUUACUGUAACCAGCAGGGCGGCGCUGUGUGAAACCGACAGCCAACUCUCCCAGGAAGCUUAGAAAAAAUGAAAAUCUAGCUUUCAAAUGAAGUAACCUCAAGUGCAAUUAUGAGCGCCAUUUGCCUGCCCAGAACUGAGACACACACAAUGAAAAAGAAGAAGGGCAAGAGUGCAACAGUAGCUAGACUCUCUUGCACUACGACAGAGGCAAACUGAGCCUCAUUUAUUGACACGGUGCUGUUCAGUGACUUUAAUACCUCUCUGAAUCCUCAUUCAGCUCCGCCACGGCGUCAGAAGAAGGAAACGGUGGAUAACGAUGACGGUUCGCUGCCAAGAAACUUAUCCAACUUUCUUUUUUUUUUUACAUUGUGGGGUUGUAUUUUUUUAACUUGUUGUUUGUCUCAUUUACGUCACCUGCAAUGUCCUUUAAAAACAUCAUGUUUACCAGAAAAUGCUCCACAGUAAAACAUACUUACAUGCAUUUGUUCUCAUUUUGUACAAACACAGCCACAUAUACAGCAGUGAGGUUUGGGUACUGUACAUGCAAAAAAAAAAGAGAAAUAUAUAUAUAUAGAGAUAUAUAUACACAUAAAAUAAUGACAACAGCACUUGAAAUGUUCUAAUUAACAGAUUUUGAUUGUGCCUUUUUAGUUUUAAGCUUUACACUAUUUUCCUCUUGGUGUGUCACUAAUUAAAGGGCCAAAAAAGGCUGUUUUUUUUGUUUUUGUUCACUGCUAUAAAUAUAGAAUUAAAUCACGUUGCUGCAUUAGAUCUUAAAUAUAAAGAUAAAAACAGUUGCCAAGAAGACUUUGUGGAAUGUUUCUCUUAAAAUAUUAUUAAAGUGGAGUUUUUUUUAAGCUUAGAAAACUCAUCUCAGAGGGGAGACUUUGAUAUUAUAAUAAUAAUAAUAAUAAUAUAUAUAUAUAUAAAUGUGUGGCAAAAUCAUGUUUGUGGAGAUGAAUAUCCUGAGAGAAAUUAUUGGAGUCAAAACAUGUUUUUAGCGUAUUUGCACUUAGCGAUGACUGUUAAAUUGAUAUUUCAGCUACGUCUUAGCUUUAAUGUCGUCUUGCACACACGGAGAGUCUCACCUCUAAACAAAUAAAACCUGCAUCACUGACCAUUUUUGUUUUUUCUUUCUCCCCCACUCUUCUUCUCUUCUUUCUUGAAUAUUUAAUGCAGAGUUGAAAUAGUGUAAUAGAUUUUUGAGAAGAAAAGUCACUGAAGGUUUACUAUCAAGAGUCUGUUUGACAUAUUCAGAACAUAUCACUUGCUAGUGGCAAGUCCACAAUACUGUAGUACUGUUGUUGUUUUCCUAGUUUGUACUUUUUUUUUUUUUUUUUAAAUCAUCAUCUCGUUUAUUAUGUAUGAUGUAUA